GGGAGGGGGACCGGCACCGCGGGGCCAGCCGCGCCGGCGGAGCCGGGGGAAAGAUGAGCUUGUUGUCAACCAUCGACACCAGCGCCGCGCCCGUGUACCAGCCCGCCCAGCUCCUCAACUGGGUCUAUCUCUCGCUGCAAGACACGCACCAGGCCAGCGCCUUCGAUGCCUUCAGACCCGAGCCCUCCUCGUCCCAGCACCCCGACCUCGGCUACACCAAGAGCACGCCGGAGCUGGGCUCCUCACUCAGCUCCAGCUAUCUCAACAGCUUCUUCCAGCUCCAGCGGAGCGAGGCUCUGAGCAGCAGUCUCUACAAGAGUGCAUCCCCUUAUGGCUCCCUUAACAACAUUGUGGAUGGGUUAAGCUCCCUCACCGAGCAUUUCUCUGACCUAUCUCUUUCUUCAGAAGCCAGAAAACCCAGCAAGAGGCCACCUCCUAACUACCUGUGCCACCUCUGCUUUAACAAGGGACACUACAUCAAAGACUGCCCCCAGGCUCGUCCAAAAGGAGAAGGCCUGACACCAUACCAGGGCAAGAAACGCUGCUUUGGUGAAUAUAAGUGCCCCAAAUGCAAGAGAAAAUGGAUGAGUGGAAACUCCUGGGCUAACAUGGGACAAGAAUGUAUCAAGUGCCACAUUAAUGUCUAUCCUCACAAACAGAGACCCCUGGAAAAGCCGGACGGCCUGGAUGUGUCAGACCAGAGCAAAGAACACCCCCAGCACCUGUGUGAGAAGUGCAAAGUCUUGGGCUACUACUGCCGCCGUGUGCAAUAAACCUUCACCGUGGCCUCUUCCCAUCCCCAUCAUCCUGAGAGAUUCUCUGGCAGCAUGCCAUCAACAGCAGCACAACAGAUCAAGAUAAAAGCUAAAAUAAUUGCCAAUAUUGCCUAUCUAAUAAUAUGCCUUAUCAUUAAUAGAAUGUAACAUUUCUCCCGUGCAUGUGCACGCAUGCAAUAGGUAUUUACAGGACUAUGAUUUGUAUACAUAUAUAUGUAAAUUUAUAUAUGUACACACAUAAGGUGUUACUGAUGAUGUUCACAACAGAACUACAGUUACAGGUUCUGCUGAUUGUUUACACAGACCCUAUAUCACAGCCAGGUGAAAUGAAGUACUUUUCAAAAGGCAAGGAAUAAUAUUCACAAGGAAUAUUUGUUACAUGUAUGGCUUUUGCAGAGGUUCAGUAACUGUGGGGCCACUAAUCGUAAGCACUCACCCACAACAUGAACACUGUUCUUAUUAUAUGACAAGACAAAGGAAGAUGAAACAAGUCCCAGCAUAAAAGGGGAAUUACUGCUUUCCCAGUUUUAGAAAGUCUUAAGGGGUUUGUGUUGCUGAUUUCUUGGACUUCUUUCUAUUUGUUACCAUCUCUUGGGCAGGGCUUAGGCAAAAUAAUUUUUGCAGGACAUGAAAAAAAAAGUGAAUAAUUGUUUGAGGGGCGUGGGUUGGGUAGGAAAGGAAUGCCAUAAGAUUCCAAGAGGUUUUUGUAGGAGACAAAAUUGGCUUGCAUAUGCAACUACCAGAUCCUUCUCUUGUCAUAUAAUCCCACUGACAUGGCCCCUUCUUCGUGCAUGACAUGUUCAUUAGGCUACAAGCACACUAAAUUUACUAUGAAAAGGGGAUAAGAAUACUUCAAACUGACCCCAAUAUCCUUAACUAAAAGAUUAGCCAAACUUACUAUUUAUAGUAGUUUAAAAGCCACUUGCUGGAAAUAUUUUUAUGUCUUGUUUUCUACUACAGAAAUUUGUUAUGAUAUGAAACAUGUUAGCCAUAGGGGUAUUUUAAGGCAUGGAGAACACUCUAUAUAACCCUCUUUCUUUAUGUCUUCCUGAAGAAGACCUACAUACCUGGGGAGAAAUUUAGGAAUUCUAUUUCAUUGUCCCAUUUCAGGUAGAACUUUGCACAGAGACAGCCUGCUGCAAAGAACAUCUUGUCAGGGAUUGGCAAACUGAAAGUACCUCGAGACAGUAUCCUGAUUGUAUGUCUGUGUGAGAGUACAUUGGCAAAAGGACACAACAAGCAAUUAAUUUGUAGCAUUCACUAAAAAUAUUAGAGGAAUAAUGUUUGAGGUUGGGGGGGAGUUUACAUCAGCAAUUUACAUUUUUAUGACGUUUCCUUUAGGGAGAUUGAUUUGUAUGAAUGAUACUUAGAGAAAAUACUUUAAAUCCUAAAUAACUUGAUGUGAACUAAAUGUGUUUUGAGGACUAGCUCUGUAAUGCAAAGAAAGUGGGGGGUUUAUGCCAAGUGAUAGCAGGAUGUUACCAGUAUGUCAAGACAAGCUCUUAUAAAGAAAGUAGAGAACUUAUGAGUAUUCACCUAGGGAACAUGAAGCUCCUGACAAAUCUGCUGCACGGUCCAGCUUUUGCCAUUUCCCUGCUUUGCUAUAAGCAGGGCAAAAUUGCAUCUGCUUGUUUGGUGGGAGUGGCAGGUACAUGUCUUGAAAACUCUAUUAUUUAUGGGCAGCCUGAGUGACCCAGCCUGCUGCUCACAGCAAUGGAUAAGCAUCCUGACUCCUGGCUUCUGACCACAGCUCUCCCAUAGCUCCCUGAUUUUGGGCAAGUCACAAGAUCCUUCUGGACAUCAGUUUCCCCAACUGCAAAAGGGGGUAAUAAUACUUUAGCAUACCUACCUCACAGGAGAGUUGUGAGGUUUAGUUAAUAUCUCUUACGUGUUUUGGCAUCACUGGAUGAAAAGUGCUGUGUAAUGCUAAAAUAGAAUUAACUAAAUUAAUCACUUGGAAACUACUUUUGCCCAGUUAGCAACUCCAACUAAAAUAGCUGAAAAUAAUAUUAUUGAAAGUAACACUAAUACACAGUUCAGUUGCCUCAGUGAAGAGAUGCAGUUUUAGCAUUUUCAAAUGCAAACACGUUCUUUUGCACAGAUUCACAAAUUAACUUAGAGACAAAUUCUCUCAACAAAGAUACUAAUCUGUCUAUACAAAUAAGAAAAUACACAAGCAAAUCUAGGGGUGGAUUUUCUAAGCUUGACCUCUAGGAUUAAUCUCAAUAGUUUGUUUCAAGCAUGAAUAAUUUUGAAAGAGGAGCAUUUUAGACCAGAUCUAUUUUUUCCUCUUGAGCACUUAAUAGUACAGGAACAAAAAAAAAAAACAAAAAACACCUAGAUGGUUCACAUCUAGCUAAACAAGUAGAAAAACCCUCUUAGAUGAAGAUAAGAGAAAAUGUUAUUUUAUUUUCUCCCUGAAACUAAGAUGUUGCUAUCAAACAUUUUGUUCAGUACUGAAAUUAUCUCCCUGUUAUGAUAACCACUAAAACCAGUAAAAUACCACAACUCUUGAUGUAGCUGUAUCACUAGAUCACACACCAGCAGGUUCUGACAAAAAGCUGACUAAAAGAUGCCAUUAUAAGCAUUGGUAUUUUCAUGACAGUGCCCUAUUAAGAAUUGUUUAUCCAUAUUCAACACUGCGAGGCAAUGCCUUUAGCUUAUGGAUUUUUAGAUUAUACUAAAAAUACACGUGAUCUACUUUAACACAACGUUUAUAGGUGUAGCAUAAUAACUCUUGAGAGCAUAUUAUGAGAGUUCAGUAUUUAUAUUAUUGAUGUGUUCCUAGGCAGGAGACAUAUAAACUAUUUCAGUGAUAUCUGUAACAAAGCGUAUCUGUAACAAAGAGGAGAGCAGAUCUCCCCCUGCCCUGGCGCUGGGGGGAAGCAGAUGAAGAACACAAGGUGUGGGGAAGCACGGAGUGACACUGCCGUGGUUUUACUGCCUAAGGCGAGGCACAGAUCCGGCGGUGCCGGGGGCAGCGGGAACCGCGUCCCUGCACAGGCUGAUCCCGGCCCGGGCAGGAGCGCCGAGCUCGGACCCCCCGUCCGGGCAUCUCCUCUCUGUGCAGGGUAAACCCGGCCCGGGCAGGAGCACCGAGCUCGGACCCCCCGUCCGGGCAUCUCCUCUCUGUGCAGGGUAAACCCGGCCCGGGCAGGGCAGGAGCACCGAGCUCGGACCCCGUCCGGGCAUCUCCUCUCUGUGCAGGGUAAACCCGGCCUGGGCAGGAGCGCCCAGCUCGGAUCCCGUCCGGGCAUCUCCUCCCUGCUCAGGCUGAGCCCGGCCCGGGCAGGAGCGCCGAGCUCGGAUCCCGUCCGGGCAUCUCCUCCCUGCGCAGGGUGAGCUCGGCCCGGGCAGGGCAGGAGCGCCGAGCUCGGAUCCCGUCCGGGCAUCUCCUCCCUGCGCAGGGUGAGCCCGGCCCGGGCAGGGCAGGAGCGCCGAGCUCGGAUCUCCCGUCCCUCCCUGCACGGCCGCCGGCACUGCAGCUCGGGGCCCGAGCGCUCGCUCCACACUGAGCCUGUGCAUUGGGAGCGGCUGGAAAAACACAUCCACAGAAUUGUGUGUAACAGCUUAUGAUCAUUGGGUUUUAGUUAGUGGCACAGAAGGGACUUUUCUGAAUUUUUACUUCAAAGGAAAGAAAGGAUGAUUGAUUACAAAAUAUAGAUUACUUCUACUCCCUCCCUCCCCACACAAAGGGAAAUCACCUGAUCUAACCAGCUCUUUCCAAAUUAGAAAAAAAAAAAAUUGGUAAAGGUGCAGAUUUUUGAUGGGAAAAAUGAGGAAUUGAUUUAUCUUUUAAAUUUUAGUGACUGCUUUCUGAUGUUCUCUAACUAGCCCUACACUGAGAGCAUCAGCUAGCAGUUGUUGAAGGCAUUAGUAGACGGUAUUGGCAGGAGUGAAACAAGCAUCAACAAAGAGAGUUUUUAAAGAGUUUUUAAUCAAUACAGGCCUCCCUAAACUGAGUAUUUUUUAGGGGCGUACCUGAGAGCAGUUUGGCUCUGUGCAUUUAUUUGGCAAACUGGAUUUUCAGCGUCAGAUGCUUGCUGUUGACAGCCCACCAAUAUAUUCUGUCCUAUUCUAUUUUUUUUUAAAUUUUCACCUUUUUUUAAAUCUUUUUUUUAAACUUGCAUUUAUUUCUUUAAAACCAGCAACAAAAGCCAAUCAAACAAAUAAACACCCUGCAAUUUGUUUAAUGAGUUGGUCAUAACAUUUCAUAUCAAAUUUGGCACACCUCUGGAAAAAUGUUUGAGGAAUUUGAAAUGUGUGUCAUAGGUUUUUAGCUGCUUUAACCUAAUGAGGCUACAAUGAAGUUAUUACAAAAACUUCAUUUAAAGGUGAUGAAGAAAUAUCCUAGUCGUUUAAAGGAUGGCCCCAUUUUAGCCAGUUCCUACUGCUGCUACAACAGAUGCAAAAUGAUGCCACACAAGCAAUGUUUGAGGCAUUUUUGUCUCAAAGUUGCUAUUUAAUUUCAGAUAAAUACACAAGAGUAUAUAUUCUUUCUGAAACCAGGUGUAUUUUGAAGUUCCCCAUUAUAUGGGACUUAGUUUUUAAACUAAAAAUGUGAAGUUACAUAUGCCUGAGAGAAGCCUUAUACCUAAAAGUGUUAUGUACAUUUUACCUUUUUAUAUAACAAGAAAUUUAGAUUAUACAUGGAUUGCAUACCUGUGACACUCUAGCAUUUUUUAAAAAAACCCGAAACCUACUUAAAACAUUAAAAGUUUAGAGCUUCUGGAAAUGUCGGACUCCAUAGACUGGUGGUCUUUGUCCUGCAGUCACACAGAAGAUUUUUUUUUUGUCCUGUUCUGGAUCCUAAGAGUUGUCCACUGAACAGUAAGCAAUAAAUCAUGAACACGUGUUUUUCAAGUUAAGUAGAUAGACAUAUAUUUUCCACUUGCCUUUGCCAACAUAUUUUAAAAUGUGAUUGAACUAUCCCCAUAGAAAAAUCAUUCUUUCAGAUAUCACUCCGCUCCCAAGUGGGCUUCCACCCGUAUCUCUUAUCUGCAAAACCAGUGCUGUCCAUUGAGGUUGCUAUAUCGCUCAAGUGCUCAGAGGGCUGUUUGAGAUCUUAGAUAUAGGGAUGAUGGAUUGUGUUUCUAGGAUGAAUUUCAAAGGGACAAUCGUGUGCAGUUACUAGCUAUAGAUGAUUGAUAUAAAUGUUUACCCCUGUAUGAAGUAUUUUACAGUUUUACUUGCAGAUGUGUAUUUAUCUUGAGUUAUACUUGACAUAGAGUUUCUUUCAAUUUUUUUUUUUUUUAAUAUUAUGUGUGUAUUUUGGAAACCUUUUUAGAUGUUAAAAUUUUUGAAUGGUUACAAAUAUUUCUUAUAAUACUGAAUUGUUAUCUGGAAACUCUUUGCAGUAACUUUUUGUAUAUAUUUGAGGGCCUUUUUAAAAAAGUAUUGUUUGUUUUUUGGGCAAAGUUUUUACAAUUGGGAAGCUUUCAGAAGGGCCUUCCUCUCAACUAGGAUACUAACGGAGGUAAGAGUUUUCUUAAGUAUUUUGCAGUAUUUUGCAGAACUAAGGAUGUAUCCUCAAGAAAAUAUUUAUGGAAAUAAUUUACGUUUUUUUUACAAUGCUUUUGUCUGUAUAAAGUAUGCAACAGAACUACAUUAAGAAGGAAAUAUUGUCUACAUAAAAUAUUAUAUGAAAGUUGGUACAUAAUUCUGACAAAAAACCUUGCAAUUCUUUAAGCCAUAUUGUUUUUGUUAUCCUUGGAUGAAAAUAUCAGUAUUAAGUAACCAGUGUAUUAUUCAAGUGCUUAGACUUAUAUGAAAAUGCUUAUACGGUUUAUUUAUGUGUAUUUGGGGAACGAGUGCUAGAAAAGCUAUCACUAGACAUGUAGCAAGUGAGGAGCAAAUAUCAGAAUUUUACUGUCACUUUAUGGCCUCGUGAGGGACACAGCGGUGUUGGAAGCACCGUGGGGACUCCGCUCUCAGGAGCUCCGAAGCACAAGUGGUGGGUUUCAAAUGGUGGCUCUUCCCUUCCCCGUGACUAGAGGGGAAGAAAGUUGGUUGGGACACUGUUUAACUUGACUUUCACAACUCUUUGCAGACUGUGAGCUCAGCUAUGCAGUAUCAUCUAUAGCAAUAAUAUCAAUCAGAGGAUGUAAGAGAAAAGGAUUGAAGUAGAUUAUUGUAGGGGUUUACGUUUAUUUUAAUUAGAACUGAUAGCAAUAUAGAAUAUGCAUGUGCACGUAUUCCAAGCAUUUUACACUUUACAUUUCAUGUAGUUUGAUUAUAUUAUGAAGGAUUGAGUUUUUAGUUUGAUAUUUUACCAUGCUAAAAUGGGAGGUCAGCCCAGCCCUAUACUGGAUUCUUGUUUCCUUUAAAAGGUUAUUUAGUACAGCACUCACUGCAUUGUGUAAUAGUGCUAAAACUAACAAUAUUUUAUGAAUUUCUUCAGCUUUAAAAAAAAUUAACCUAAUGAUUAUUACAUUUGUUUAACUGUACCCACUGACCUUGUCAGAUUCAGUUGGCAAAUUGUGUAAUUUCUUUUUCUGUAACUGUUAAUAAACUUGUACAGCUAAAACAAACAAAACCUAUGGACAAAGGCCUCAGAGGUACCAGUUCUGUUUCAGCAAUCAAGAUGACAGCUUGCUCAUCUGGUGACUGUGUUGCUACUGAGACUGUAAAACCUCUGUUGUGGAUUGUCCAUAAAAUGGCAUUCCGACAUGUGCCUUAUUUGCUGGAUAGUAUACAGCUUUCCUCUAGUAUUCUAGCAUUUUAAUGCUGUAUUAAAGUAUUGCAAAAAAGCCA